CCAUAUACAUAUAUAAAUCACCUUAAAUCUUAUUGUUAAUGACUAGGAUGCCCUAGAUUCUUAUUAUUAAUGUCUUUUAUAAUGUUUAAAAACUUUAUUUUCUAUCGGAGUGUGCGCACAAUUUACCCGAACACGGAUUCCUCAAGUUGUGCAUGUCCUCAUGUCUUUCUAAUGUUCUAUCAAUUUUAAUAUCUCUAAAACGGGAUAAAAUAAGUCUAUUCUUAUAUAUUAUUGAUUAGUAUUUAGUAGAAAAAGUUAGACUAUAGACAUUUGAUAAAAUGUCUCAAGGCUACAUUCACGCGUGCGAAAGGGCGGAAUUGUUAGGAUUGCCGAUACCUAGCGAAGAAGAAUGGAAAGAGACCCAAAGAAUAGAAGCUGAGAAUAUUAAUAAUGAUAAAGAUGAAGUGAUCGAAAAUCUGGAUUCUUCUAAUGAAGCUGCGCAUCGAAUAGGUGGUGGAUUAGAUGAAUUAAAUAGUAUUCUCAGUGUUACGCAGAAGAAGAUUAACAGAUUCAAGAAUGUUUGUGGCAGUUUGAGUACUCUAUUGAAAGUAAGAGUUGGAUCCAAAAACAACACACCAAAUCAUAAAUUCAUUGAACGAAACCAUAAUGAGACAAAAGAUAUUGGUUCUGAAACAUCUAUGAGUGAAGAAAACUUGAUAGUAGAAUUAUCCAAUGACAAGAAACCCAUAGAAAACACAGAAAGUAACGCAGUAAUGCCAAAAACAAUCAAUCUCAAUGAAAAGAUGGGAUCUCAUUUGGAUAAGUUAGACUCUCUCAUCACUAAAGCAGAAAGUGCUCAGUACAGCAUGCAGCAUCAAACAAAACAGAUGAAGAAAUUUUUGAAGUAAUUCUUCACAGACAAAAGUAGUAUUCUAUUCUAAUAUUAUCAGGUCUCUUUCAAACUUACUCAUUAUUCAUAGUACCAUGCUUGAAAAACCAUACAAGUUCAAAUCUGUAUUGUGUUAUGUAUGGUAAAGAUAGACAUAGAUAAUAGACUGAUAAAUAUGCAAAGAUCGUUAAAUUACUAUAACAAUUAUCAAAUAUAUAUAUACAAAUGAAUAAUGGACAUUUUACAUUCUGAGAAAACAAAUAUUUAUUUUGCUUGACUGCUUAUUACACUCUAACUGCAUAUCAAUGUGCUAUGUAUAUAUAUUUAUUAUACAUAUUUAUAUUUAAUAUAUAUUUAAUAUUAUAUGCAUUAUAAUAUAUAUUUAAUAUACAUAUGUCCACACAGAAGCAUUAUUGCUUUUCUAAAAUCUUAAGACACUCAAUAAAAUGAAGUAAUAACAUUAAGGUGAGUGGAUAAAACUUGUUCUUCUUAAUAUUUUCAUUAAAUCAUAUUCAUGUGAUCUAUUCUCAUAAUACAAUGGCAAUUAAAUUUUGUUUACAAACAUGAGACACAAACAAUUUAUCAAUAUUCGGGCAGUUAUAAGUUAAAACUGAUUCUUUCUAUGAAAGAAAUAUUAAAACAAUCAGUGUUAAUAUUAGCUAUCAAAUGGAUAGUAUAUGUAUAUGUAUUUUUCGUUAAUAAUUUUAUUAUAAAUUGAUAUAAUUAUAAUUGCAGUUAUUGCAUUGUAAACAUAACUAAUUAUAGUAUAGUAUGCUUAUUUAGCUAAUUUUAAAUUUUAGAUAUAAUAUUUCUGUUUUUUCUAAUUGUAUGUUACAAAUUAUAAUUUUUCAUUAAUUUAUAUCAUAAAUAUCAAUAAGUAAAGUGAAAUUUAUUUCCUGCUAUAUGUUGUACUUAAAUUUAUUCAAAUCAAUAAUAUAUUUAUCUUAAAAUAUUUAAAUUUUGUAUAAAGAUUGCUUUAGAAACAGCUCAGAUUUUACAAUAUUGUGAGCUUAUGUAGUUAAGAUAAUUAUAUACAUUAUAUUAUUUACUUAUGUUACAUCAAAGCAAACAUAUAUCUAAUAUUAAAAAUGUUAUAUCUUGUUGUUAAUUGUCUUUAAAAAUGCAUAAUAUUUAAUAUCUAUUUUGUUAACUGAGUAUAUUUUAGGCAAAAAUAUUAAUUUUAAGCAAAAGUGAACAAUUCUUCCUAAUAUCAACAAUAAAAGAAUUCAUAGAAAAAUUAAUAACCUUAUAAAAUGCAAUUGUUGCAAAUAAUUUAUUAUUGUUAUAAAGAUGUUGUAGUACCUGACAGGUAUUAGACAAUAUUUACGUGCCAUGUACAUACAAUAAUGUGAGUACAUAUUAUAUACGUACAUAGUAUGAGUUGUUAAAAAACAGUGAAUUUUCUUUUCUUUCUAUAAAAGUAAAAUUUUUAUUAUUACAUUUAUUUAGAAAAUAAAAUUUUCUAAAUAGAGUUGAUAUUUAAUAGUAUUUAACUGCGUUGAAAUAAAAGAAUUGUAUUUUUACAUCGAAGCGUGAUGUCGAUUACUAGCAACUUACGAAAUACAAGAAAUUAAGUGCGAGAAACAGAUAUGUUAUAUAGUAAAUUUGUGAAAAUGUAUGUUUCAUACGGUAAUUUUUGUGUUCGUAAUUUUUAUUUAAAAUUUAUUUAUAUGAAUAGCAAAAAAAAUUAAUGUAACAGAUAGUCAGUUUUAUUCUUGUAACAUAACUGUAUUUAAAUGAAUAAACUGAUAUCUAAAAUGGUA